CCAUUCCGAUACGUGGUGCGUGGCGGUUGUGUGCGCGCAACUUUCUUUCUUGAAUUUCUUUUGCUGUCAUUCCCGGUGGAAGGCAGACUGGCGGGCAGUCCGAGGCGCCCACUAUUGAGAGCAGCGUCGAAUCAGUGGCAACAAUAGACACGACACAGAGAGUGGCUGCUAGCAGCUUCUCCCCUCCCAAUCAAAGGCAAUCAACUAGGGGACAAAAGACGCAAACAACGCGCCAGCCCAACGGUCACUGAAAUUGAAAUUGUGCAGCCCCAAACGUAAGCGCCCCACGUACCCCACCGAAAAACGUAAGGCCGCUGAUCAGACAGAGACAGAGCACCGCAGUCAGUCCGUGAGACGGUCUCAUAGCCAGCGGUCGCCGUUCCGUGCUCGCUCCGUGCCGUGUGCCCCUUUACCCUGCUCCCCCACAAAGAAAAUCUGUGUUCCCCCCUCAGCCGACAAAGUGAAACGUACGAUGGGCCACAUCAGUGCAAAGUGUGUGAAAAGUGUGCAAUUGCUUCAAUAUUACUAAGAUAAAGGGCUGACAACUGCUGCAAAAAGCAAGGAAAAUAUCAAAUAAAAAUAUAUUGAAUACACUCGGUUCAAAAAGCAAAUCUUGGAUACGAAACGAAACGAUUAUAGCGAGAAAAAUCACAAGCGAAAAGAUGGCUUGCGGCAUAUCGUGUGUCGACAAGACACUCAACAAAUCGUUCUACCAUCUGGGCAUCAAGAUAGCCAAACAUCCCGGCUAUUUCAUCAUUAUACCAGUCCUGCUCACACUGCUCUGUAUGACGGGCUAUCAACAAUUGAAGUAUCAAAUCGAUCCCGAAUAUCUAUUCUCGCCAAUUGCGGGGGAGGGCAAGACUGAACGUGCUGUUGUUGAGCAAUAUUUCAAAGUGAAUUAUACGCAUCGCUUCAAUGUCGGACGCAUUACAAGGCCCGGUCGCUUUGGGCGUGUCAUAGUGAUAACAAAGGAUGGCGAUGAGAAUAUGAUAAGGCGAGAGGUGUUCCAGGAGCUGCGUACGCUGGACAAUCUCAUACAGAAUGCGUCGAGCACCUACGAUGGGGACACCUACACCUACAAGGAUAAUUGUGCACGCUGGGAGAACGAGUGCUUCGAGAAUGAUAUACUCAAUCUGGAUGCACUGAUGGAUGAUCUCGAAGCGGGACAACUGAAUCUAACGUUCCCAUUCAUGUUCAAUCCCGUCACCUGGGAUGCGCAUCUCUUUCCCGUUUUCUUUGGCGGCACAAAGCUAACGGAGGACAAUUAUGUGAUCAGUGUGCCAGCCAUCCAGCUGGUGUACUUUGUGACUGCCGACAAUAAGCGACAGGAUGCCAAGGGCGCCGAAUGGGAGGAGACCUUCCUGCGUGUGGUGGGUCAGGCCGAGGAGUCGGGUCUGUUCAAGCACAUUUCCGUGUCCUACUUUGCCUCGCGCACCCUCGACCACGAGCUGGAGAAGAACACCAAGACGGUGGUGCCGUACUUCAGCUCCACCUUCCUGCUGAUGGGCCUCUUCAGCAUCAUCACCUGCAUGAUGGGCGAUGCCGUGCGCUCCAAGCCCUUCCUCGGACUGAUGGGCAAUGUGUCGGCCAUUAUGGCCACACUGGCAGCCUUUGGCCUGGCCAUGUACUGCGGCAUUGAGUUCAUAGGCAUCAAUCUGGCAGCGCCCUUUCUGAUGAUUGGCAUUGGCAUUGAUGACACAUUUGUGAUGUUGGCCGCCUGGCGACGCACCAAAGCCAAAAUGCCGGUGGCCGAGCGCAUGGGACACAUGAUGUCCGAGGCGGCUGUUUCCAUUACAAUCACCUCGGUCACUGACUUUAUUUCGUUUCUGAUCGGCAUCAUCAGUCCCUUCCGUUCGGUGAGGAUAUUCUGCACCUAUUCGGUGUUUGCCGUAUGCUUCACGUUCAUGUGGCACAUCACAUUCUUUGCGGCAUGCAUGGCCAUCUCGGGGUACAGGGAGCGCAAGAAUUUGCAUUCCAUAUUCGGUUGCCGUGUCCAGCCGAUGUCGGUGGCGAUUAAAGAGAAACGCAACUUCCUCUACAAGGCGAUCAUGGCGGGCGGCAUUGACAGCGCCGAUCCCGAUAAUCCCAUUGACAACAAGGAUCACAUGCUGAUGGCCUUCUUCAAGGACAAAAUGUCCGCGGUGAUCAACAACAAGUGGUGCAAAAUAAUCAUUAUACUGGCCUUUGCCAGCUAUCUUGUGGGCGCCUGCUACGGCAUUACGCAGAUCAAGGAGGGUCUCGAGCGGCGCAAGUUGUCCCGCGAGGACUCGUACUCCGUGGAGUUUUUCGAUCGUGAGGACGAUUACUAUCGAGAGUUUCCCUAUCGCAUGCAGGUAAUCAUUGCCGGUCCAUUGAACUACUCGGACCCAUUGGUGCAGCAGCAGGUGGAGAAUCUGACGAGCACUUUGGAGCACACUUCGUAUGUCACGUCCAAACGUUACACCGAGUCCUGGCUGCGCUCGUUCCUGUCCUUCCUGGAGCGCAACAACGAGCUGCUGAAUGCCACCAUCGAUGAUGAGCAAUCCUUCAUCGAUGCGGUCAAGGAGCACUGGCUCUUCCCCGGCAAUCCCUUCUCGCUGGAUGUGCGCUUCAACGACGAUGAGACGCAGAUCAUUGCCUCGCGUUUCCUCAUUCAGGCUGUCAACAUUACGGACACCAAUCAUGAGAAGGAAAUGGUGCGGGAUCUGCGAAAAAUCUGCCGCGACUCUCCGCUGAAUGCUUCGAUCUUCCAUCCGUAUUUCGUGUUCUUCGAUCAGUUCGAGCUCGUGCGUCCCGUCUCGCUGCAGGCCAUGAUCAUUGGAGCUAUAAUCAUGAUGAUCAUCUCGUUCAUCUUCAUCCCGAACAUCCUCUGCUCGCUGUGGGUGGCCUUCUCGGUGAUUUCCAUUGAGCUUGGCGUCGCCGGCUACAUGGCCCUGUGGGAUGUCAAUCUGGACUCCAUUUCGAUGAUCAAUCUGAUCAUGUGCAUUGGCUUUUCGGUGGACUUUACCGCUCACAUUUGCUACACGUACAUGUCCUCGAAGAAGCGCAGUCCCAAGGCGCGUGUCCGCGAGGCGCUCCACUCGCUGGGGCUGCCCAUCGUUCAGGGUUCCAGCUCCACGAUUCUCGGCAUUGUGGCCCUGCUGCUGGCACAGAGCUACAUCUUCCUGGUCUUCUUCAAGAUGGUCUUUCUGGUCGUGUUUUUUGGCGCCAUGCACGGCCUGUUCCUGCUCCCGGUGCUGCUCUCCCUCUUUGGGCCCGGCUCCUGCCUGACCUGGACGGGCCGGGAUGAUGGCAGCGAGGACGAGAUCGAUGACAGCCUGGACGAGCGCAAGCCGGAGAAGCCUUUCUCUCAGUCCUACUACAUGCAGUACCCCACGAUGGGCAUCAAUGGACCCUACGGCUCCAAGGGCUUCCUCGGCGCGCCCUACAAGGCGUAUGGCGUGGACGAGAAGGACCAGGGACUGGGCACCUCGGGCGAGGAUUCGUCGGAGAGCAGCUCCAGUCGAUCGCAGCGCCGCCAGCAGCUGGCCAAUGCCGCCGCAGAGGAGGAGGCGGCGACACAGGAUCCCCGCCGGCGUUACGAGGAGGGUUGGCGUCGCUCCUCCUACCAGAACAUUUACGGCCCCAAUGCCAGCAUUAUUGCCGGCCAUGUGCAGGCGCAGUUCCAGGCACAGCCCGAUCUCUAUGGCCAGCAGGUGUCGGCGGCCGAGUGGCGCCAGCGGCUGGACGCCCACGAGCAGCAGCAGCAGCAGCGCAGUCGGCAGCGACGCAGCCCGUACGAGAACUACGACCUGGACAUGCAGCGAGCGCGUCGCAACUCCCACGGGGACAUCAUUGACAUCAUGCAGGGCACGCCCAACUCCUCGGUGGAUGAGCGACUGCGGCGUCCGUACACCAGCCAAGAUCGAGCAGUGCUGAGCGGUGGAAGCGGCGACGAGGGCAGCUAUAGGCAGCAGCCAGGCCGGGACUCACCACCGACUGCCGCACUGCCGCCACUGGGGCAUGCAUCCUCUGCCAAGCGUUACCAUCGCAGACGCUCCUCGGAGGACUCGACGCGCCACCAUCAGCGCUGGCCGGCGAACAUCGAGGAGCGUCGUGCGCGACGCACCCAAUCGCCCGCACAGCGCCAACCAGAGACUGCCCCGCCGCCCAGCUUCGCCUAUCGCUCAUCCUCGCAUCACAAUCUCUAUCAGCCACACAAGAGCGGCCACAAGGCCACCAAACAGCCACCCACCUACCAGUAUGGGGAUUACUAUCAUUAGAGCAGGAAGGAUCCAUGGAGGCAACUGAAAAGAGAGACAGGAAGGAAGAGAGCAGCGUGGAGCAGAGCAAAUUGUCUUGUCAACGUGUUAUACCAAUUAAGUUAGGGCGAACCUUCAAACGGAACUAACUCUCAGCCGAUUUUGUCUUCAAUCUGUAGCUUGCCCCUCCCCCGUCAGUUGAGGCAAACACCAACAGGGUCACACUGCCACAAAGCAGUGUGCACCCAUCGAAAAUUUGUCAGCUCAUUUAUUUAUGCGAAAGCGAAACAUUUCAAACAAAAGAGCGCCCAAGUCACACAACUUAAGGUACCAUCUACACACAAAUACUACAUUCUACAUACCAUAACUACAUGCAUAUGUAAUUACAUAUGUAGAUAUAUUUAGCAUCAUGUCUAAAUGUUACUUGAGUCAGACUUAGGGUUCCUUUCUCCCCCAUAUCAGUGUUUAUUUAAAUUAAUUUCUAGCUUUAGUGUUCCAAUGAUGAUAAAUAUAUAAAUAUAAAAUAAUAAUAAUUACUGUAAAGAUGUAAAGAUGAUGCAAAUGCAAAUGCAAGCGCUGAAUAUUUAAUAACUAUUAAUUGUUAGUGGGCCAAACACACACACGCACACACACACACCUAGGCCUGUCUGUAUUCGAAUAUUAAGCAAUAUCUGGGGACAAGUUUUUGUAAAGAAAAAAAGCGUUUACAAUUUUUUUGCUAUUAAAUAAAAAAUUUUAUAUUUUCC